AUUUAAUUCAAAAUGGGUAAAUGGAUGAAAUUAUAAGCAAGCGCCAUCUUUCAACAAUUAACCGAAGAAAAUUCAUCAAGGUCAUUGGGUUAUUCUAACCUCUAUGUUAAUAAUCAGUUUUUAUCAAUUUCUCUACACCAACAUUUAGCCCACCGCUUCAUUUAAUAAAUUAAUAAAUAAUUCUCGAAAUUAUUUAAUAAAUGGCAAAGAAUAUAAAUAAAUUAUUUCCCAUAAUAUUACGAUCUCGAAAUUAUUCCACGAAUCACCCAGAAAAAUGUAACAAUUAUGAUUUGGUUGUUAUCGGCGGUGGAAUUGUAGGAAUGAGUUCAGCGAGAGAAUUAAAAAAUCGCCACCCCAAUUUAAAAAUGGCCGUUUUAGAAAAAGAAUCAAAAUUGGCCGCUCAUCAAACGGGCCACAACAGCGGUGUGAUACACGCUGGGAUUUAUUACACACCAGGUUCAUUAAAAGCAAAAUUAUGCGUUGAAGGGAUGAAAAAGCUUUAUGAUUACGUUGAGGAGAAAUCGAUUCCCAAAAAAAGGAUUGGAAAAUUAAUUGUGGCAACGGAUCAAAUUGAAGUUGAUCGAUUAAAUGUUCUUUACGAACGUGCCUUAAAAAAUAAAGUAGAUAACGUUGAAUUAAUCGAUGAGAAAGGUAUCAAACAGAUUGAGCCUCAUUGUAAAGGGCUCAAAGCGAUUUGGUCGCCGAAUACUGGAAUAAUAGAUUAUUCGUUGGUUACAGAAGAGUAUGCGAAAGAUUUUAAAACUCAAAAUGGCGAGAUUUAUUUAAACUUUGAGGUUAAUUCGUUUUCGUCGAGUGAUAAUCCCGAUUAUCCAGUUCGAAUUUCUUCGAAAGAUAACAACACGGUUUUAGCUAAACACGUUUUAACUUGCGGUGGGUUACAUUCUGAUAGAUUGUCGGAGUUAUGCGGGUGCAACCCAAACCCCAGAAUAGUUCCAUUUCGAGGAGAAUAUUUACUUUUAAAUAAAUCUAAAACUAACAUCGUCAAAUCGAAUAUCUACCCCGUUCCGGAUCCAAGAUUUCCAUUUUUAGGGGUUCAUUUCACCCCGAGAAUGAACGGAGACGUUUGGUUGGGCCCAAACGCCGUCUUAGCCUUUAAACGGGAAGGUUACAGUUGGUUCGAUAUUAACCUUAAAGACGUUUGGGAGUCGAUUUCGCACAGCGGUUUUCAAAAAUUGGCCUACAAAUUUUUAUCAGCUGGAUUAGACGAGAUGUAUCGCUCGAUUUUCAUUGAUAAACAAGUUAAGAUGUUGCAAAAAUUUAUUCCUGAUGUUACGAUAAAUGAUGUGAAACGUGGACCAAGCGGAGUUCGAGCCCAAGCUUUAGAUGCGGAUGGGAAUUUAGUCGACGAUUUCUUUUUUGAUAUGGGGAAAGGGGAUUUUGGGAAAAGAAUUUUACAUUGUAGGAAUGCCCCGUCACCCGGAGCUACUAGUUCACUUGCUAUUGCUGGAAUGGUUGCUGAUAAAAUGGAGAAUCAAUUUAAAUUAUAAGAAAACAUUGCAUUUUUUUGUUGAGUUAAUAAUAAUUUGAAUUAUAAAAUUAAAAUAAAAUUUUUUUAAAAUGACGUUUGUGAUACUCAUACUUGCCAACCAUUUAAAAAUGAAUUUUACUCUGUCAA